AUGGCACACUCAACUUCUAACGAUAAAAAACAUAAUACUGAUACGAAGAUAUCAAUUAUGUCAACAAUAACGCUACCCUCAUUUCCCGAAAAUGAAACUAAUUCACAUUCAUUCUAUAAUUGCAUCUUUACUAAGAUUGCUAACUUUCUUUUAUAUCAUACUCGGUUUCACCUUCCAACAGAACGUACAUUUAAAUUUUUGGAAAUUGAAUUUUAUUUAAAUGAUGCUACAAAUGAUCACAAUGAUCCAUAUUCUCAUGGGCAUGAGCAACAAUUGACUUGCGGAGAAUGGUAUUUUCAUCAUGUUGGGAAGAACGGUUAUCGAGGUGGAUCAAGAAAAGGAAUUGAUAUCACAUUUGGCUCGGUAGACCGAAAAAUAUAUGGAGGAAUAUUAAUUCGAGCCAUUCAAGAUGAAUUAACUAAUGAAGUUAUAGAGGGACCAAGUCUUAUAGUUGACAAAAUUCUCGAAACAUGUGGUGUAAAUCAACAGGGUGGAAUUCGAGAAAUGGUAGAAAUUGUGUGGAAAGGAAAAAGUGGAGUUUUACGUGAUACGGAUAAUUCUACUGGUGUUGUUUAUUUGACACAAAUAAAUGAGGAUUUGACGGACGAUGAAGUUUUUGGAAGAGACAAGAAAAGGUUAAGAUAUUCAACAGGUCUCACCUCUCCGUAUUUUAAACAGAAGUCACGUAAAAAAUCUUCUGAUACGCGAUUAGAAAGAAAUAAUAAUGCUAGUGAGAAAAUGUAUACUUCCCCUCGAGUCGGAAUUACUUUAUCUAAUGAAAUGCCAUCAACUAAUCUUCGUUUACAGUAUUUACUAAAACCUUAUAGAUACUUUACUUUACCGCAUCUUCUUAAAAAAGGAAAAGCUCAACUUGUUAUUGGAAUGUAUGAUCAUUUUAAAGAAAUUAACAAAGUAGCAGAUGUGGCAAAUAUCAGUCGAUUUCAAGUCGAGAAAUACAUUCACGAAAUGACGAAUGGAUUAAAAGAAGGUAACCUUGAGGAAUUCAUUGGUAAAAAAGGAAAGGGUUUAAAUGGGAUUGAAUAUUGUCGAAUGGCUGGAACAGUGAAAAAAUGGGAACAGAAUAAAUAUGGUUGA